GGCAGGAUUGAAGAAAGGGGCAGAACAAUAAUAACAGACCAGCAAAAACAAUCUUUAAAACACUUUUUUGAAAAAGGAAUGAGAAGUGUUGGGUCUCCGUUGGUACAAGCAGCUGCUGAAACCACUGCGUUGCCGCCUUCUAUCAUAGAGAAUUGUAUUGGAAAUUUUAAACGAACGUUGCAAGGACCUUCUAAAGUGAGACCCAUGAAAAACAAGCUGUAUAAACGAAACCUAUCACCAUACAAUCUUUUUUGUAGAGACCAUCUGCAAAACAAAGGAACAUUGAAGGAUAUUAAGCAAAAGUGGCCUAUGUUAGGGGAAGAGAAAAAAAGACAGUACUAUGAAGAAGCUGCAGCUCUUAGGGCUGAAGCAACAGUCAAGAACCUUAGUCCUGAGAUGAGGGAGCUUAAAAUUAAAAAGCACCUGAAGAGCCUGAAGUUAGAGGUGUCCAGCCUUGAGGAGUUGGGUGUGGAAACAAUUGUACUGUCGUUUGACCACCAAAAGGCCACAAUGGAAGUCAGUGAAGUGAGCAGUAAAGGAGCUUCAGAAUCUCUGGCCUCUACAGACACUGUCAACAAUUUUGCCCUCCACUUUAAAGAGGACGUCGGGGGUGUUGGGAAGAUUCCAUACCAGUCUCUUCGAAAUCACAAUGUCACCAUUCAUGCUGCUGGAUUGCCCAAAGGCCUAACAUUAAAAAAGCCAUCUUUCUAUGGAAGAAAACAACUAGAGGACAUAAUAAAGGCUGAAGAUCAGAUUUCUUUCCAUAUAGGUGGAGAAAAUGGGGCACAAUCACAGACUGUGGAAGAAAUACUGGAUGCCAUGUGUGGAAACGGUGGCCAUUGCACUCAGGAGCCUGGUGAAAUGAGCAGUAGUGUGGCAGUGGUGACAGUGGCAGAGGAUGCAGCUAGACGUGACUCAUUUGGACUCGACAUCUGCAGUGUCUGCCAUGCGCAUUUCGAAGACAAGCGAAGAAAUGCCUUGAAGAAAUGGCGACAGUGGCGUCAGUGCAGCUCAUGAGAUAGAUGGUCACAUUUGGCUUGUGGUUUUAAAAGAACUUUAUGCAUACAUUGCCAGGAUAAAAAUACAGUUUAGUCUAUGUUUGUAAUAAAAAAUAAAUAAAAUGUUUGUGUAUCAGUACUGA